AUGGCCGUCACAGAUGAGGCUCUGAAAACCGCAGUCGACCAGGUCUACGCCGACCUCAAAGACCAACCCCAGCAUUCCCCCUCGCAAGUCUCCAUCGUCAAACGAAUCAUCGAACUCCACCUCGUCGCAUUCAAAUAUUACGACUUCGAGAGAACCCGACAGCUCGUCGACGAGAACUACAAACAGCAUAGCGUCUUCGUCGGCGAUGGACAAGAAUCCAUCAUUGAUAUGGCGAAGAUGAUGAAGCAGUGGGCUGCGAAGAAUUGGUCAAGACCUGAGGAGCCUCAUAUUCAGAUGAGUAUUAAGAGAAUACUUGUUGAUGUACCCUACAUCACGGUGCAUCAUCACUCUCGGCGGUGGGAGGGAGAUACUGGGAAUCAUGUUAUUGAUAUCUACCGGCUUAAGGAUGAACAAGUCAUCCAGUGCCUGACAACCCGGGACUACCAUGCAGUACCCACCUACUGCUAA